GGCGUGACCCAGUUUACGAUUUAGUGUGACAAGUGUUUUUGUAAUGACUAUUUAAUAAAUAAAUUAGUUUUUGAAAAUAAACUGUACGAUAAGUGAUCCUGAUAAUGUAAAGUUACCGACGAAAAUUGAACUGAGUUAAAUGCAUGAUGAUAAGUGUUCAGAAAUCAAGCGUUGAUUAUCCGUAUGAUAUCUAAAAACAAGCAUCAUUUUGACUGAAAGUUAUGGAAGAAAAUGAUAAUGAAAACAUUACUAUAGAUGAUAUCUUUCAGUGUGAUGUAUUAAUUAACACAAAUAGUUCCUCAAUGGAUGAUAUAAAUGGUACAUUAUCAAUGCAUAACAAAAUCGGUUAUGAUUGUAGAGAUGAAGAUGAAAAUUCUCUUGAUAUUAAUGAUCAGUUAAAAGAGAAAAGUUUGAAUUGCAAGGAUCAAAAUUGCCAUGUUGAGAUUCUCCUUGAUGAUGAAUUCAAUACUGAAGGGAAUGGUUUUGAACAUAAUUUCUGUGACGAAAUAUUUUCAAAUUUUAAUGAAAAUAAAAUUCACCAAGAAAAUUUUCCCAGUAAAAAACCUUUCAUUUGUGAUAUAUGUGGAAAAAAAUAUAAAAAUAUGGUAAAAUUGAAAUCACACUUAAAAGUUCAUAUGGGAGAUACAUCUCUUACUUGUGAUAUAUGCAAUAAAAUAUUCACAACUCCUACAACAAUGAGAAGACAUAAGCAAAUACAUUCUACUGAAAAACCAUAUGUUUGUGAAUCUUGUGGUAAAGCAUUUAGAAGAAAAUUUGAUUUGCAGACUCAUACAUUUAUUCAUACAGGAGAAAAGCCAUAUUUCUGUAAUUUAUGUCAAAAAGGAUUUACUAGUAGCAGUCAUCUAAAUAAGCAUGUAAAAAUUCAUACUGAAGAACAAUGUAUUCCGAAAAGAGAUUUUAAAAAUAUUCCAAAUUCUCAGUUUAGAAAUGAUUCAGGAAGAAAUACUUAUAAAUGUGAAAUUUGUGGUAAAGAUUUUCAAAAGAGAAUAUCCCUAAAAAUACAUCUAGGAAUUCAUAAUACAAGUGAUAAAGCAUAUAUUUGCAGUAUAUGUAAUAAAUUAUGUUUGACUAGUAAUGAUUUAGAAACCCACCAACUUAUACAUUCAGAAGGUAAUCAGUUUUCUUGUAAUUUGUGUCAAAAAGUUUUCCUUAAUAAUAAACAGUUAAAGAUACAUUAUAGAAUUCAUUCUCAAGAAAAGUCACAUGUUUGUGAUUCAUGUGGUAAAUCUUUUGCUAAUCCAAGCACUUUAAAAAUUCAUGAAAGAAUACAUACUGGUGAGAAGCCUUUUCAAUGUGAUACUUGUGGUAAAAGAUUUAGAGUUAGUGGUAAAUUACAAGUACAUAUAAGAACUCAUACUGGUGAAACACCAUAUAUUUGUGAAGUUUGUGGAAAAGCAUAUACCACUAGCAGUGAUCUUAAAAAACAUUUUCGUAUUCAUACCGGAGAAAAGCCAUAUAAUUGUCAAUUAUGCAAUAAAGCAUUUAGAAGGAGCUGUGACUUAAAAGCUCAUCAAAAAAUACAUACUGGAAAAAAAUCCCACUUAUGUAAAUAUUGUAAUAAAGGUUUUAUGAAUAACACAAAGUUAACAAUACAUUUAAGGACACAUACUGGAGAAAAACCUUUCCCUUGUGAUUCUUGUGACAAAAAGUUUGCAACAAAUUAUGAUUUAAAAAUGCAUCAAAUGACACACACAGGAGAGAAACCAUUUACAUGUGAUAUAUGUAAUAAAGGAUUUAUCAACAACAGUUUAAUGAAUUCACACAAACGAAUCCAUACCGGAGAAAGAUUGCAUACUUGUGACUUUUGUGAAAAAUCAUUUGUUAACCUCAGUUCUUUGAAAAUUCAUCAAAGGAUUCAUACUGGUGAAAGGCCAUAUAAGUGUAAUGUAUGUAAUAAAGGAUUUAGAACUAGUGGAAAACUACAGAUACAUAUAAGAACUCAUACCGGUGAAGCACCAUAUAUUUGUAAAGUAUGUGGUAAAGGUCAUAUUACAAGCAGUGAUCUAAAAAAACAUUUUCGUAUUCAUACAGGAGAAAAACCCUAUACUUGUAAUAUAUGUAAUAAAUCUUUUCGUAGAAGUUGUGACUUAAAGUCACAUGAGAAAAUUCAUACAAAGAAUCCUUUAUGAUUACAAUAAUAACAAUAAAAUUAUAAAAUAUUUAUUAGAAAAUAUACUAAAGUAAAUUAUAUAACUCCUUUUAAAGGAAAAAGCUAGACUAGACAUUUUUUCUAUAGAAAAUAAAUGUUGAUGAAGAUGAAAUAUAUAAUACAAAAAUAGUAACUUUUAUAAGAAAGUUUGUGUAGUUG